UUAACAUUAAAUUUUCUGUUCUUUUAUUUGUGAAUAAUUUAAAUUGUAGUAAUUAUUCACUCUUUCAACAUGACGGUUGCGCAUUUAGUGUCAUGAAUAAGCCUAUUAAUGCAUUUGAAAAUGUUGUGAGUGGCGCGCCCUAUAGUAAGUUUGUAUUUCUGGUUUAUAUGCGCUCUAUGUGUGUUCUUACAUGUUAAUUCACAAUAUUAUAAACAUAUUUAAGUUUAUUUAAAUCAUAGUAAAGUUAGAUUAGUUUAAAUAUUAUACAAUGGAAGAAGUUACAAAGUGUAGUUAUAUUAAUUGUCGUGAUCUUCUAGAAAAAGAACAAAUAUUUCAUGAAUUACCAGUAAGCGACAUUGAUUUAUGCAUUAAAUGGCUGAUAAACAGUGGCCACGAAUAUUUAAUCAAACACGAUUUUUCAACAUUAAGACCAAUGAAAUUUUUUGUAUGUAGUAAUCAUUUUAAAAGCGACUCUUAUUUAGCCAAAGGAACGCUGAAAGAAAAUGCUAUACCCCAGCCUUAUUGGCAUUAUAAAAGAAGAAUUAAUGAUUUAUCUUAUUUUAAAGAGCAAAAUGGAAAUGCAACAAACAAUAAUAUUCUUGAAGAAAGGUGGUGUAGAACAUGUGCUACGAAAAGAAGUAAUGUAGUUAAUAUGACAUUAAAGAAAAGAAACACUGAAAUGAGUCUUCUUUCAAAACUAAAAUUAUUGAUAGAGAUUGAUGAUGAAGAUACAUUACCAUUAAACAUGUGCUAUGAUUGUGUGAAGAAAUUAGAACAAUCAUUUCAAUUUUUUCAACAAAUUUAUAUAGCUGACAAUACACUGCGUCACAUUUUUCCUAAAGAACAAUUGGAUAAUGAUUGCUAUGGUAUAACGAUAGAUAGAGUAGAUGGUUCUGUUAGCGAUAUAGAAUUUGACCCAAUAUUACAAUCUAAUGAAGAUGAUCAAUUAUCGAUAAAAUCUAAAUUGUUAGAUACCAAAGGAAAUGAAAGAUCUUUAUCUAAGGUUUCAAAAAAAGAAACAUUUUUGGAAGAUACAUCUACCAGCAUUAAGUAUGGCACUGUAUUUUCAUUACUUACGGAUACCUGCCAAACUGAUGAAGAACUUCGUUGGAUAGAUGUUUUAAAUGCGAUAGAACGUCAGAAGGUUGCAUGUUUUCAAAAAAAAGUAUUUCCAAGUAAAAUUAAAAUAUCUUGCGAAUUCUGUAUUAGUAAGUUUACAUUAAGACGUCAAUUGAAAACGCAUUUGAUUAAUAAUCAUUCUAAAGAAGUUAGAACUAUGUGUAUGGAUUGUUUAAUCUACUUUGAGGAUGAAUUGUUUCUCUUAGAGCAUCGUGCUAUUGUACACCAUGAUGAUCAAUUACAUCGAUGCGAUUAUUGUCAGAAAUGUUUCACCAGAAAAAGAGGUUUGAGACUUCAUAUUACUAGAUCACAUGCUAGAAAAAGAUCUUAUUCGUGUGAUGUGUGUCAACAAAAAUUUGUAUCAAAACAAUAUUUAACCCUGCAUAUUGAAAGUGGCCAUUCAUGUGCUAAUAUAAAAAAAGAAAAACAACUUAACGAAAAAACUCAAAAUGUAUGCAUGAUUAAUUUUGAUGUCAAUACUAAUCAACCCAACGAUUUAAAGACGUCUCCUAUAAAAGAACAGAAAAUAGUAGAUACAUCUAUUAAUAAAGAUUUUAAUCAUAUAGAAUUAUCUCCUAUUUCUUGUCCUAACAAUGAAUCACAAUCCAUGCAUUUAGAAAAUACUGUUAAUUCUGUCGUUGAAGACCUUAUGGAAAGUUAAUGCUUUAUAUACUUCAUGUGUUUGUGUAUAUUUAUGAGAAUGUGUGUGGAUCUUUAUGACAAGAAAAAAUAGAUGUAAAUUAAAGAGAUAUUUGAAAUCUUGCAAUAAAUAUCCAGUGUGAUAAUUUAACAUUACAAAAAAACAAAUAUCAAACGUAAGUUAUAUCGUUAUAGCUAUUUAAAACAUAUGUUCCAGCAUUAUAUAUAUUAUCUAUCAUUCUAUUAUAAUUAAAUAUAUUAUAUAUCUUUCGUGUUUUCCUUUUUAAUAAUGCAAAUGUUCAUAAAUAGAACUUCGAUGAAUGGAUAAAUUUUCAAUAUAAUUCAAUUUUUAAUAAUAAUUUCAAUUUCUCUGUCUUUGUAUUUAUGUAUCAUUUCUUUUUGUUUAAUAAGAAGAGAAUAAAAAAAUGUUGUAGUUAGCUGUUUUUUUUUAAUAAAAAAGAAAUUUGUAUCAUUUGUUUCAAGGGUACGGCAUUUUUAUAGACAUUUACUUCAAUAUAGGUUUCAUUGUUUUUGAUUAAAAACAUUUUUAAUUUAACCUUCAUAUUACGUUCUAUUAGACAAAGAAAGAUUUAACAUUGUAAAUAAUGCUAGUUUGUUAAACAUAAAGUGGUAAAAAAUAUUUCUUUUUCUUCUUUCAGAAUUAUGUAUGUCAAAAUUUAAAAAUAUAGCCUAUGCUAGUUAAUAAUAUUUUUUUCAUUUC